AUGUUGUUGACAAAAGAUGGCACCAAUAUUUCGACCCAUCAACAACAUUAUCAACAUCAACAAAAUCAUCAACAACAACAACUUCAACAACAUCAACAUCAUCAUCGAACUGGAUCAGGACAGGAAACCACCGACUACGCAAAAUACCAUCAUCACGAUGAUGAGACAUUAUCGCCACAACAACAACAACAACAACAACAACAACCACAACAUCCGCAAGACCCACCCCAGCCAUCACUACCAAUGGAUCCGCACCAUCAGCAGCGAUCAGGAAAGAUAUUUGUUGGAGGAUUGACCAAGUCCACUUCCAAUGACAAGUUGAAAAAGUAUUUCUCAGAGUUUGGCGAAGUUCAGGACCAUCUAGUGAUCAAGAGCAAUGAGAAGACGGUCAAGAGUAGAGGCUUUGGCUUUGUCACGUUCAAGGAUCCAGAUGUAGUUGACAGAAUUCUCAAUCUGGAACAUAUUAUUGAUGGAAAGCAAGUUGAAAUCAAACGAGCCAUACCAAAAGAGGAGAUUGCCGAAGAGCCACCUAAACAGAAGCUAUUCAUCGGAGGUCUACCAAAGAAUCUAAAUCAAAAUGUGUUUAAGGAGUACUUCCAAGCUUAUGGAGAAGUUAUUGAAUGUAAAUUGUUACAGGAACGCAAUGGAACAGGCAAGGGAUUUGGUUUCAUUAGCUUCAAGGACGACUCUGUUCAUCAACUUGUCCUUAACGAACAAAGACACAUCAUUGCCGGGAAAAAGGUUGAUGUAAGAAUUGCCGAGAAUAAGAAGAACAGUCCAUCAAAGAACCAGCUAAUGCAUGAUCCUUUGAAUUUGAUCCAUCAACAACAAUAUUCGAAUACAAAUAUACCAACUACGAGUCAAUCAACUUAUUUAAUCAGCCCAACUACUUCAACACCUUCAACGUCAACUUCUCCAACCUCAACAACAUCAACAACGCCAACAACAUCUACACAGCCAUCCGUUGGUAAUCCACAGCCUCAUGCAACUACCUCGACCAAAUUGAAUCAAUCAUCCGAGCAACAUCUUAUUCCUUCCCCACCGCCGCCCACAACAACAACGACCACUACACUACCGCAACAACAACAUCACUACAAUCCAUCAACAAACACCCAACCGACGAGCACCACCAGUGGCAGUGGCGGUGGUAGCGGUAGUACCAGCAACACGACCAGUGGAACGACAAGACAACAACAUCUACAACAACAGCAACAACAACAGAGCCGAGAACAUCUGCACCCUGUUGCCCCACAGCAACAACAGCACAUGCUUUCACAACAGACAUAUAUACCACAGCCAUCACUAUUGCCAGCGACACAUUUACCGAUUGACUCGAGUCCGACCUCACCCUACCAGAUGCAGUACACUCCCAACCCAGCCGAACUCUACUACUACACCGAACCGCCACCCAACACCCUCUAUCCGCCACAGAGUGUGAUGAUGGUUCCAGUCGUCUAUCCAUCCUACUACCCAAGCGCACCACCCAACCAAUACAAUCCCCGCGGUAAAUUCUCAUCAUCACAAGGCGAGUCCACUCAGUACAGCCAAGGAUACACCUAUCCAAGAGGUUCAUAUUACCCAAGAUGGGUAUACUCUUCGUAUGGAUAUGAUGACAGCACUCAAACGGAAAUGGACAAGAAUGUUCCCAUACCGACAUACCAGCAAUCAACUGUGCCUUCACAUGGCCUUCGAUACUCUCAACAACAGACAUCAACUCAUUCUCCAAUUUCCCAUCAACAACAACAACAACAACAAUCGACAAACUCACCUACAACAUCAUAUCAGCAACAGCAACAACAACAACAUCAUCAUCAACAACAACAACAACAGCAACAACAACAACAUCAACAACCAAAGAAAUAUCCGAACAAACCUUUACAUUCAAGUUAUGGCACUAGUGGAUCAGGACCUGAUACCAAAGUAAUUAGCUCACCCUCAUCACCUUCAUCGACCAGCUCAACCACUUCGCCAAUAUCAUCGCCAACGGCCACAUCAGUCAGUACGAUUCCAUCUUCGUCGCCCGGGACUCAACAUCGACAUCAUCCAACACACAAGCCGGGCUCGAUGAUCACUACGACCACUACCACAAUGACCACCACUCCAAUGCCAGACCUGACAUCCUCGGCAUCCUCCUCCCCAACUCAGCCCUCAAAUAGCUAG